GAGCACAAUUAAGAGGUUGUCCCCAGCCAACCAUGUCAACACCACUUCCCUGAAGCUGCAGAAAUUCUCCUGUUAGGAGCGUUCACCUUCUCUGUGCCCCAGCACCUCCAGACACCACAUGCAUCUGGAGAAGAACUGCAGACAGCUGGACAAGGUGUUCUAUCUCAUGAUGUCUUGGCCUGAACCCGUGACCCGUUGGAUCCCACAACCUCUUCCUGCCGCUGCAUACGUCUCAGAGUCUGUCAACUGGGAUUCUCUCCCUCAAGAACUCACCAACCUGACCAGCCUUCUAUACUGGCCUCCAACCGGUGGGCACAACAGUGACUUUUUGGCCUCAACCAGCCCCAAAACCUCCACCUACCACCUGGCGGGUCCUGCCCAGGCCACCUAUAUUCUGGGAAGCAACCUAGAGGCCAUCCUUGUGGCUAGGGAUCACUGGGGCAGGCCCAAGGCUCAUGGUGGGGAUCUGUUUCGGGCACAGCUGCUGGGCCCGGAACUGAAGGCAGGAGUGCCAGGGGAGGUGAAGGACCUGGAGAAUGGCACCUACCUCUUGUCCUUCCCCCUGCUCUGGGCUGGCAGGGCCCAGGUGCAAGUGAGGCUGAUCCACUCCAGCGAGGCAGUUGGGGUCCUGAGGAGAGUCUGGAGAGAAACACGGGCCACCGUGGAUUUUAGAGGGUAUUUCCAAGGAACGAAUGGCAUUCAAGAGGUUGUCACCUGCAACGUGGACCCCCAGUCGACUGGAGCCAGAGGGCCGACCUGCCAGUACAAGGAUGUGGUUUCUGGGGAGAUCUGGUUCUGUGCUCAGCCCCCAACUUUGCCCUGCAGUGCUUUAGUGGGUCACUCGAGUGGACGUUACCUGAAGGUGACCACACCACAUGAUGAACUCCUGCUGGCUGGGAAUGUGACUGACCAGAAACUCCCUUCUGGCAUCCCUGCCUUCCUGGUCACACCAGCAGAGCCUGAAAACAGGAAUGAUAUGGGCCAGAAGCUGACAUGGCUGGCUUAUUCAGUGCUGAGAUUUGAACCCAAAGCAUCAAACAUACUAGGGUUUCUCUGGGUAGCCCUGACUGUCCUGGAUCUUGCUUUGUAGCCCAGACUGACCUCA